GGCCAGAUUGGAGCUAACGGCUCCUCGUUGAGGCGGAAUUUAAGCGAUACGCACGACCUAACGUAGCGUACGGUCGUCCCGAAGCGCGGUUUUGACGAUUGUGUGAUAGUGCUAUAGCACGUUCUACGUUUCACGGCGGGAAACGAUUCGGUCGGUUUCUGUGUUUUUUGGCGAAUCAAAAUAGGAAAAGUGCACAACGAAAACACAGUUUCGAAGAUGUUCGGUUGAAGCAGUGCGACGUAGUCGAAUUCUGGGGCUUCUGAUUAGCCACUUUGGGAAAUAACCGUCCACUGAGUUGGGAUUUCCUCCCUAUAUGUGAAUGCAUAUGUGAUGUAAGGCAAGGGAAAGCAAACAACGGCUUUAAGAGAAUUUAUGUGAAAGCUACGUUUGUGAAUAAAAAAACCCUGAAAACGAAAAGCGCGAAGUGAAGAAUAAAAUAAAAGUUUUAAACCCCACAUCAAACGCUGACAGCAUUCUAUUCUUAGUGAAAAAAACUUAUCUAAUGAGCAGUAGGAAACCAAAAACACAUAAGCUGACUUGAUCCCGAUCCAAGGAAUUACGGCACUUCCGGAUUUUAGCAACACAAAUAACGAAAACAACAAGACAUCAAGUCUGUCAUCAUAAGAGCAGAUUGCAACCGGUGUGUCGACCAAACUGGAAUAAGCAACCUUCAAACGGCCAGCUCGAUCCAUCACCGGAUCACCUCUCCUUACUUACAUAUAUCGCCGAAGGCCACCACUACUCAGCCCUUAAAACGCAUAGAAGUUACUCGUACCGACACAGAUUCGAAUUGAAGUCAACAUCCGCGACGACGGCCCGGGCAGCGUGCUAGCAGCAAACGUAUAUGCAUCCUCCGUACGGAAUCUACGACGACGUCCAACGCGACGACAGCGACGACGACAACGACGCCGACGGUGGCGGACGGAUUCCAUUCAAAAGGAGGAAAUUCACGCUAAAAAUAAGGCCAACACCGGUCAACAACAAUCCGGUAAUAGCACGAAUAAUAAAAACACAAGCAGGACCGAAACCGCAUCGGUACAUUUCGAAAUCUGACCGCGUGACAAGCGUUCAACGGCCUGACGCGUACAUAACCUAGAAAACGCGGCACGCUGGCGUGCUUUUUUACUCUUUACGUUCAAAGUUCGCUUGUUGUUUUGCCAAUUCCCAGACUUGGAGCAUCAUUGUCAUCGGUUGGCCUGCGUGGGACACAUACAAAUUUGUGAGCACACAUACGCACGCUGCCACCGGCAGACAAACGAAAGUGCUCACGCACGCACGAGAAAAAAAGUUGUCUGCCGCCGUUGCUGUACUGCAGAUUUCAUUAAUACGCAUCGUCACGUUUUUGCGUCUGAAUUCAGGACGCGCACGGUAUUGACCGAUCAACAGAAUCAAUUGUCAAACCGUACCCGGCAGCUGUAUCGGUAGAAAACGUUUCCCGGAUUUAGCAUCCGCAGACAAUAAGGAGAGAACAAAUCUGCACAUUUUUAGCAGAAUUUUAGCACGUUUGGAAAAAAGUUCCCUAGCUUAACCAGCGCGGGUCGAGAAGCCGAUUCAGUGAACCGAUGUAAACAACCAACUGCAAUUUAUGGUACAAACAAAUCAUCCGCGCUGUGAUCUGCUACAUUGUUUUUGUUAUUGUAGUGCCGCCUUCCGCUACUGUUAUCGUUGCUGUUUCUUCUGUUGCCUCCAGCAUCAACGUUGGGGAUUUCGAUGAAGUCCAAAGUUCAAACUAGCAUAAGGCAGACAUCAUCAUCGCUGGGUCGAUGGGGACGAUCAACCGUUACAUCCAGUCCGGUGUCGAUCCCGACCAGCGGAUGCGUAGGAGGAGGAGGAGUGGCAGAUAGUAGUGAUUUAGUUGGCGGCGUGUCGCCGGGAGGAAGCCCACCUCUCAGUCCGAACUCGCCGCCACCGAUUCCCCCUAGACCUGUGAUACGGCAGUCCAGCUUCACCAAAAUCGGAUACAUGAUCAACACCGCCGUCAAUGGGACCAAGAAACAGUUCAUCAGCAGCAGCAGUGCCGGCAAUGGCGAUACAUCCUGGUGCUUUUCACAGAUAAAGGGUGCCCUGGACGACGAUGUGACCGAUGCGGACAUCAUCUCCUGUGUGGAGUUCAACCAAGAUGGCGAGCUGCUGGCCACCGGCGACAAAGGCGGCCGAGUUGUCAUAUUUCAGAGAGAUCCCAUCUCGAAAUCGUCCAACCCGCGGCGCGGCGAGUACAACGUCUACUCCACCUUCCAGUCACACGAGCCCGAAUUCGACUACCUAAAAUCGCUGGAGAUCGAGGAAAAAAUCAACAAAAUCAGAUGGCUCCGGCGCAAGAACCAGUCGCAUUUCCUCCUCUCGACCAACGACAAGACGAUAAAGCUGUGGAAGGUAUCGGAGCGGGACAAACGGGUUGAGGGGUACAACACGCGGGAGGACAACGGCAGCAUACGGGAUCCGGCCAUGAUCACUGCCUUGCGGGUGCCCUCGAUAAAGCCUAUGGAUCUGAUGGUGGAAGCGUCGCCCCGCCGGAUCUUCGCCAACGCUCACACGUACCACAUCAACUCGAUAUCUGUCAACUCUGACCAGGAGACGUACCUGUCGGCGGACGAUCUGCGGAUCAAUCUGUGGCAUCUGGAGAUCACCGACCAGAGCUUCAACAUCGUCGAUAUCAAGCCGGCCAACAUGGAGGAACUAACGGAGGUCAUCACGGCGGCCGAGUUCCACCCGACCGAGUGCAACGUAUUUGUGUACUCCAGCAGCAAGGGCACCAUCCGGUUAUGUGAUAUGCGCUCGUCGGCGCUUUGCGAUCGGCAUGCGAAACUGUUUGAGGAACCGGAGGAUGUGGACAUUACCAACAAGAGCUUUUUUCGCGAGAUUAUCAGCUCGAUUAGCGAUGUGAAGCUGAGCAACUCCGGUCGGUACAUGAUUUCCCGAGAUUAUCUGAGUAUUAAGGUGUGGGAUCUGCACAUGGAAACAAAACCGAUCGAGACGUAUCCGGUCCACGAGUAUCUCCGUACCAAGCUGUGCUCGCUGUACGAGAACGACUGCAUCUUCGAUAAGUUCGAGUGCUGCUGGAACGGCAACGACAGUUCGAUCAUGACCGGCAGCUACAACAACUUCUUCCGGGUGUUCGAUCGCAAUAGCAAGAAGGACGUCACGCUGGAGGCGUCCCGGGACAUUAUCAAGCCGAAAACGGUGCUCAAACCGCGCAAGGUGUGCACCGGGGGCAAGCGGAAAAAGGACGAAAUCAGCGUUGACUGUUUGGACUUUAACAAGAAGAUCCUGCACACGGCCUGGCACCCGCUGGAGAACAUCAUCGCCGUGGCCGCCACCAAUAAUCUAUUUAUAUUUCAGGAUAAGUUUUAGCUAAUAGUAAGCGUAGUAGUAAUAAUCAAUUAUAAAUGUUUAGGUUGAAAAAAAAAACAACUGAGAGAAAAAAGCAAACGUAAAAAGUAGUUAUGGAAGCGAGAGAGUGAGGCAAAAAUGAAACGGAAACACCCAUACAAACAUAUACACUCACACAUAAUAAAUACACUUACACGGGAGCGCGAAAACACAAUAGUAGUUUGUUGCUAUUACAAUAAUAGGCUAUCUUCUAUUAAAUAGGCAAGAGACAUCGUGUGUGAGUUUGGAAUUGUGCGGGGAUUAAGGCUUUGAAAGCAUAGCAUGUUUUCGGAGCUAGAAAGGCGGGGCAAGCCCGUUUUGCAAGUUGAAAAAAAAUAACAUAAGAAGGAUACAAGCGAAGAUAUCCCUGCUAAUGGUAUAUGCAGAGGAACAAACAAGAAAAUAAUGACCUCAAAUUUGAGGCGCAGAUUAUGAAGCUAAAGCUAAAAUGGAUAGAAAAAAUGUGAAAGCUUUUUUAUAAUAUACCAUACUUAUAAAUAGCAAGGAUAAAACUUGGGGAGCAGUAAACACAGCAAAAUAAAUGAGGAUUUAAACAAUUAUGAUUAUUAUUAUCCUUAAUUACUGAGCAUGCAAAGGGAAAUCAUAACGAAAAAAUACGCAAACAACUGAGGAUAUUGAAACGCGAGCAUUAACAAUACUGCGAAUGAAUGCAGAACGAAAGUUUAAACAAAAACUGCUUGAACGAAGAAGACUAAGGUCAAACGAAUGCGUGUUGUGUGAAAGAAAGCGUAUAUGCGAAAAAAGCCUAUAACAGCUGCUCAGCAUCCCAUUCGAGAAGGAAAUGAUGCACGCGUUAAGUAAAUAAACAGCAGAAAAUUGAGUAAAUCAGUAAAAAUUAAUCAGUUAUUGAUUAGUUUAGUGUUAAAUUUGAAUAAACACAUUUCAUCAGCAUUCGACAAAGCGCCUCAUUAUAUUCAUUGAAAAUAAAAAUAUCAACAUGAUAUGACGUAAAAACGCAAGAAACAAAAAUAUGCAGCAUCUCAAAAUUUAUUCAGUCUAUUCGUCAACACAUUGCGACUUAAGUUUAAUGAAUCAAAAACCAAUAAUAUUCUGUUUUGCUCCAAAAUCAGACAGUGACUCAAAGUUAUGGAAUAAAGAAUAAAAAAUAGUGAAGAGUAAAAGUAAAUAAUUAUAUAAUAAUGAAAUGCAUGCACGAAACGGACACACACUCACAUUGAAAAGUAAACCGGAAAAAUCAAGAAAACUGGAAUGAAACAAAAAGGAGAUCGAAAAUGAAUUAUUGUUAUUAAUACAAAAAAAAAAUACCUAGGCUAAGAGAUCAAAAAUCGCUAAAAAAAAGCAAACAAAAAAAUAAAAAAGGAAAAUAAAAAAAACAAAGCAUCAGAAAACGGUUUCGGGAUUGGUUGCGCUGUCUUAAAUCAUACAUUAUGUACCGUCUCCAACAUAAACAAAUUUAAGUUUAUUCAGCUUGUUUUAUAAAUAAAAAAAUUCAUCGCCUAAUUUCGAAGGGCACAUUCUAAAUCUUUUACAGACUUUCUUUGAAAAAAUCAUGAAGCAUAUUUUGAAGCAUCCAAAUCAACAUUGAAGCUAUACUGAAAAAAAUUGUUAUAAGCUAUUGGGAAAAAUAAUCAUUCACCUACCCGUGCUAAUACCAUGGAACAUCGAUCCCGACCGAAUCGCUUUUGUUGGAACAGAAAA